AUGAUGAGACUUCUGAUAGGCGUCUUGCCGUUCCUGUGCACGGCCAGCUCAAGCUCUAGUCGCAGAUGCCGCUGUUUGCCAGGAGAGCCGUGCUGGCCUUCAAAUAGUGACUGGGACACACUGAAUAUGACGCUCAACGGCAACCUGCAUACGGUAACACCUCUUGCCAAACCCUGUCACCUGCCUGACUUCGACGUCACAAAAUGCAGCUUUAUCCGAAGCCAGUCAGCCAACUCCUCAUUCCGAGCUGCUACUCCAGCCUUGGGCUCACAAAAGACAGGCUCGAGCCAAUGGACAAACUGGGAGGCGCUACCGGAAGCGUUGCAAAGCUGCUACCCCGACACGGCCACAAAUAUUCCUUGUGGUCAAGGGCGGAUCUCUUUGUACUCUGCCAUCGUUGAGUCGGCUAGUCACAUCGCAGCAGCGGUUCAGUUUGCCUCUGAGAACAACAUUCGACUGGUGGUCAAAAACACUGGCUAUGACAUGGCGGGACGUUCGCUGGCGCCACACUCUCUCCAAAUCUUCACCCAUUUUAUGAAGAACAUCUCAUACGCUCAAAGAUUCUUCCCAGCGGGGGCAAACAACAUUUCUCAUGUCUCAAGUCCCGCCGUCAUUGUCGAUGCCGGAGUCCAAGCCUACGAUCUAUACCAGUUCUGUGCGGACAAGAACAUCUCGGUUGUUGCGGGGUACUCCAGCACUGUAGGAGCCGCAGGUGGCUACCUGCAAGGUGGUGGUCACUCCAUCUUAGGUCCAUGGAAGGGAAUGGCAUCCGAUAAUGUCUUGCAAUUUGAUGUGGUUACAGCAAAUGGAACCUUGGUCCAUGCCAAUGAGUAUCAAAACCAGGAUCUCUUCUGGGCUCUCCGAGGUGGCGGCGGCGGAACUUUUGGCGUAAUUACUAGCGCUACUCUCCGAGCUCAUGAAAACCCACGCAUCACAACUGCUACUCUGCAGAUAAGCAGUCCGGUGGCAGACGAGGUCUUUUGGUCUCUCACCCAGCGACUAUACGAACACUUGUCUAGGAUCAACGACCUCGGCGCCUCCGGCCUCCAUGUCACCUAUCCAAAUACGUCGAUGCCGAGCAGUGCUGAUGGCAACCCCAGUAAACCCCGAGCACUUAUGAUACUCCAAUUUUCUCUUGUGGAGAGAGAACCCCAAGAGUUCAUUUCCGAACUUGAAUCACUAUCAUUGGCGCUUACCCGCACAUCUGGCUCAAACAUCCGCAGCUCCGGAUCGACCUUUCAGUUCAACAUAAGUUCUGUCGGUCGGCUAAGUGAUUACUAUAGAGAGACCCUGAGUGGCUCUGAUCACGGCGGUGUUGCAGCAGCGUUGACCUCUCGGCUUGUCUCUAAAGCGUUUAUAGAGUCUGCCAAGGGGCCAUCACAGAUCGCAGACACCUUUUCCCGUAUCAAGCUAUCUCCAAACGAAGCAAUUUCUGGCAACAUUGUCUCUGGUGGUGCCGUUGCCGACAACGGCAACACGGUAUCAUCUUCUAUACAUCCAGCAUGGAGACGCACACUGAGCCACAUCACCAUUGUGAGAGGAUGGUCCUCGAACACGACAUUAUACGAGCAACGGAAAACUCAGAUGGAGCUGACGCACGUUCAAGGACCCAUGUUAAAGGCGUUGAAGCUACCUGGGGAGACGAUGGGGUCCUAUAUGAACGAGGGUAAUGGCUUCGAACCAGACUUUCAGUCGUCGUUCUGGGGGGAUAAUUAUCCAGCACUAAGUCAGAUCAAGAGAAAGUGGGACGCUCAAGACUUGUUCAUUGUGCGAAAGGGGGUAGGGAGUGAACGAUGGGAUGACGACGGCAUCUGCGUUGUAUAG